AUGUAUAGAAAUAAAGACAUAGUCAUCAACAGUAUCUUGAUCGUUUGGGUUGAGAUUCCUAACAACCAUCAGUCAAAAAUUGCUGUGAAAGUCGGGCCAACAACGAAGGAGGCUGAUAAGGUUGUAGAAGAGUUAGUUACUAGUUCUAAGUCAUAUGCAGCUGCUGUGACAGGUAAGAAUGUUAACCCUUCCAAUGUGAUUGCGAAUCGCAGGAUCGUUAUAGUCUCAAGUACUAAUGAGGAUGUUAAUUCGUCUUCCCUAUCGUUGCUUCUUAAAGCUAACGAUCCUUCCUUUAUUCCAUUUGUGAGGCAAUGGUUUCAUUCGGAAGGCUUUUUUGACAUGUCUAUUUCUUAUAUCGGUGGUCGAUGGCUGAAUGCAACCUUUGCAACUGUUGAAGCCAAAGAUCGGUUCUUGAUUAAUGAUUCAAUGAAAUGGAAAUUUGUGGCGUGUAAGUCUCUGUGUAGGAACUUUGUUCCAGAUGAACGCAUGGUCUGGAUUGAAGUCAAUGGAGUUCCCAAAGGAGCGUGGCAUACAAAAACUUUUCAGGAUAUUCUUGAACCUUGGGGCAAAAGUAUUUUCUAUGAUUGUGAAUGGAAGGAAGCCUUUUCAGUAGGCAAAUUGUGCAUCAUGUCUCAAUCUAAGUCGUAUAUUUUUGAAGAACUCUCGGUGUCUAUGGAUGACAAGGUCUACAAUGUGUGGCUAAAAGAGUUUGCACCAUGGGAGCCGAAUCUUUUGGCUCCUAAUUAUGUUGACACAGAUUCGGAAGUGGGGUCCACGGAUAAUGGAACAGACAACUAUGAUGACACUAGUGACGUAAAUGAUUCCAAGGAUGAUUCAUCUCAACAUAGUGAACAAAUAGACCUGGAUCUAUGCAAAGAUUGUACAGUAAAUAGUGAGGAAAAGGAGACAAAGGAGGAUGAGAAUGGUCUUGUACAAGACAAAUCUGAUUCAUAUGCCUCCAAAGAAGAACCAAAUGACGAUAACUUGAUUCAUGAGACCACUGCGGAUUGUAAAAUCCCGCUGGUGGAUGCAUCGGUGGUUUUUCCGAGUGGUGCUGAGAUUCCAAAACAGGAUACAGAUGAGGAUAAAGACAAAUCUCCAACAGUUUCAAGUGACAUAUUUUCUCUUAACAAAAUCAUCAUGAAGGACACUAUGCAACGACAACGGGCAAAGUCUUGCCCACCCGAGAACUCUGAAAACACGGUUGUGUCAUCUGGUGCGCCUGGUUUUGUUAAAGAAAUGUAUCUACAGGUUGACGAAGGGCAGGUGAAGUAUAAAUUCCACCAAAACACUUCAGCCUGCUCAUCUUUUGGUUCGAGUGUUGCUGUAGAAAACUCAAAAAAAUUUCGACAUGUGGGUAAAGAGAUGGGAUAUGCAGUUCAGGCGAGUCCACGUUCAUUUGCUCAAAUUGUCAAUGGGAUGAAUGAUGAUAAAGGGUGUGAAAGAAAAAGAAAGUCUAUAAACCGCAUCCUUUCCAAGUAUCGUGUCACGUUUCUAGCUAUUCAAGAAACUAAGAUGGCUACUUCGGAUAUUUAUCGUCUAAAGUCUUUGUGGGGUAAUCAUAACUUCGAGUUUUUCGAAUCUUUAUCUAUUGGCAGAUCAGGUGGAAUUCUCUCUUUGUGGGAUCCCCUAGCUUUCUCUAAGGUAGAUUGUCAUGUUUUUGAAAAUUUCAUUGUAGUUAAAGGAAAGUGGCUGGCACUUAAUUUUCGAGUCAGAGACGAUAGAACGGGUACGACAUUCUCUACUCUAAAUGCGAAUAACUUUAAUGCUUUCAUUGACAGAGGCAAGCUGGUCAAUGUCGCUUUAGGGAGACAUAAGUUCACUAGGAUUUCUACUGAUGGUUUGAAAGCUAGUCGCCUUGAUCGAUUUUUGGUGAAUCAAGAUUUUUUGGAUUCUAUGAAAGAUUAUGUUUUGGAAGCUCUUGAUGAAAUUGUGUCUGACCACCGACCACUUCUUUUUAGACAGCAAGUUUUAGAUUUUGGACCAACUCCAUUCAAAUUUUAUAACUCUUGGCUUCAACUGAAUGGGUUUGAUGAAGUCUUUAAGAAAAGUUGGGAUACGUCUGUUCACAAGUCAUCUAAAAAUGCUUUUGUUGUGCUUAAAGAUAAACUUAAAGCUUUAAAGACAGAUUUGAAAUCUUGGCGUAAGGAGGAGAAUCAGGUGAGAAAUCUUGAUCAUAUAGCUAAGGAGAUUGCAGACAUUGAUCAGAAUAUGAGGAAACUCAAAGGCAUCAAGUAUAACGGGGUGUGGGUUGUUAAUCCAUCCGAAAUCAAGAAGUGCUUUCAAGAUUACUAUGCCAAUAAAUUCAAAAGAUUUAAUGGGGCACCAUUUAAUCUUGUCACCUCCAAUAUUAAAACCUUAGGCGAGAAUGAGGUGACUAAUCUUGUUGCUUGUUUUUCCUUGGACGAAAUUAAAAACGCUGUAUGGAGUUGUGGUGGUGACAAAGCUCCUGGACCGGAUGGGUUUUCCUUUGCGUUGGUGAAAAAGCACUGGAUUUCUAUGAAAGAUGACAUUUGCAAUAUGGUUUCUGAGUUUCAUACCCAUGGUAGCAUUCCUCCUGGUUGCAAUUCUUCUUUUAUCACUCUUAUUCCGAAGGUUAGUAACCCUACUAUUAUGUCUGGUUUUAGACCUAUUAGUCUUAUUGGUAUUCAAUACAAAAUCAUUGCUAAGCUUAUCGCUAACCGUCUUGCUUUGGUUAUUAAUUCGGUGGUGAGUUCGGAACAAUCUGCUUUUAUUAAAGGUAGGCAAAUCUUGGAUGGCCCUUUAUUGUUGAAUGAAGUGAUUGACUGGUAUAAAGCUAAACGGAAGAAGUUGUUACUGUUCAAAAUUGACUUUGCUAAGGCCUAUGAUUCUUUGUCUUGGGAUUUCUUAUUCUAUAUGCUCCACAUUAUGAGGUUUGGAGAUAAGUGGAUUUCUUGGAUAAAAGCUUGCCUCAGUUCUACAAAGUCCUCGGUGUUAAUAAAUGGCAAUCCUACCGAGGAAUUUCCUAUACAACGUGGUCUUCGACAAGGUGAUCCCAUGGCCCCUUUUUUGUUUAUUAUUGCUAUCGAAGGUUUGCACAUUGCCAUUGAUAAUUUAGCAAGAAAUGGUUUGUUCGAAAGCGCCAAGAUCAACCAGAUUUCUGUUUCUCAUCUGUUUUAUGCCGACGAUGUCAUGAUAGUGGGAGAAUGGUCUGAAAAUAACCUGGUUAAUAUUUCGAAUGCUUUGAGAUUCUUUUAUGGUAUUUCUGGCCUUAAAAUUAAUUUCGAGAAAUCUACUGUCAUUGGUGUUGGUGUGCAUCAGGAUAACGUGAGUCACUUGGCCAACUAUAUUGGGUGCAAAGCUGAGAAACUUCCUUUCAAGUAUCUUGGAAUUCCUAUAGGUGCUAGCUCUAAGAGGAUCUCCACCUGGGAACCGAUCAUUUCUAAGUUCCAAAAACGUCUUACGGGGAGGAAAGCUAAUCUUAUGUCGAUAGGUGGAAGAAGUACUCUCAUUUCGUCAGUACUCGGGUCUCUCGGCAAUUAUUUUCUUUCAAUUUUUUGCAUGCCUAAAGCUGUGGUAAGGAAGUUGGAGUCUUUAAGAGCUUCUUUUUUUGGGGUGGCAACAAUAAUAAAAGAAAAUUACAUUGGAUCAAAUGGGGUUCGGUUUUGGCGAGUAAGAAAAUAG